AUGGAGCCGACAGAUGAGAAUUCUAUUAAUAGUAAGAAGCGGAAGCGCUCUACGCAUCUUCCCUCACACACGAGGAUCCUGGCAGCUUGCGAUGCAUGCCGGGUCAGCAAGACGCGGUGCGAUUCUGGUCGUCCAACGUGCGCAAAAUGCGCCGAGCGUGGUGUGCCCUGUCACUAUCCAGACAAGGAUCCCUUUUCAAUAUUCGAGACAUGGGGCAAGAAAAUCUUGACGGCUGUUGAAGAGCAGGGACGCCUCCUGUCAAGUUUCAUAGAAGGCGGUCGGAAUGGCCCGCUGUUGCGCCCAUUAGACAUGGAUGGAGACAACCUAGAGACACUGUCGCGAAAAGACACUCCAUGGACGCCCAUCACUGGCUCAGACAUGAUACUCAACUGGUCUGUAUUUCCACAGGAGAAGCCGGUCGGCACGUUUCCCUCUUCAGAGUAUGCGGAGAAGGCAAAGCCAUCCAACCUUGAAGCGUCAAAUCCGUCACCGGAACGCAUGUUUGAGCUGCGAGACAUUUACAUGACCAAGAUCCAAGGCAAAAACCCAAUUGUCGAUGCUGACCAGCUGGACGCUCACAUCAAAUAUGUGUUGGACAACGGCUUUGGCUGGUCCGCCACUUCGUGCCUCGUACUGUUAGUGUUUGCGCUGGCAUCAGUCUGGGGCAAUUAUCCCGACGAUGAGCGACGAACGAUAGAAUCCGACGAGGAACUGGACCUUUAUCCAAGGCAGCGCGUCACAAUGGCUGUGCCCGACCACCGCAUGAGAGAGUCCCUCAUGUAUAUUACAAUGGCGCAGAAACGAAUGUCGACGGCGUAUUUGGACGAUUCGUUGCUCGGCGUGGUGUGUUUUUGUCUCUUUGGGAUGUGGUAUCAGUACAACAUUGAGCCUAUCCCUGGGUGGAAGAUGUUUCGCACGGCGUCUAUGAUGUGGGAAGCGUACAAUCUCAAGCACUCUGACGGAAAGACUGAGCGACCAAAACAAGAAGAGAGUCUUGAACAACGAUUAUACUGGACGUGUCUGAAGUCUGAAUGUGAGGUGCGGCACGAACUCAACGGUCUUCCUUCUUGCACGUUACAAGAAUCAUCAUUCCCCUAUUCUCUUCCUACGUUCCCAACAAUUGAAAGCUUCAGUCCCAUGGAUCCUCAUCAAGAGGCAUCUAUUAUCCAGUCUAUCACGAGGUCUUAUUACUACUAUCUCGCCGAGAUAUCGCUGCGCCGUCUUCUAAACCGCACUCGCAGCGCUGCCGCCAUAUUAUCACCAACAGUCGACUCACUUACCGCCUCUCAGCUCGCCGACACACUCCAGAAACUCGAGGGCCAGCUACAACAGUGGUUGGACUGUCUGCCUUCAGCUCUCCAGUUCAACAUACCGCCCGACUCACGGCCGCCACCGGACGAGCCUGAAUUGGUCAAGUUGAUGCGUGAGCGGUACGCAGAAGUUCGAGAACUCCUCUGCCGCGCUUACUUGUACAUGUGUCUUCACGGCGGCAUGCGGCUUACUCGAUCUCAGGCCGAAACCUUUGGCGCACACGCCUCAUUAGGGUUGAGGCUGAGUAUUUACCGGAUCCAGACAGAGAAUCCAUUCUUCCGCCAUCCUGGAUCUUGGGGAGCCUGUCGCGUGCGGUUCAACCAUGCUCUGUGUCUUAUUGCAGCGUAUCGAGGUAAGCAGGCCGGCAUUGAGUCUGCGGCGCAUGUGGUUGUGCCGCCACUGUGGAGGGAGUGCGUGGGUCUUGUCCAAGAGAGGCUGCAUAUAUGGAGCGAUCAAGGAGGAGGUAUUAGGGAGCUGGGUAUGUUAUUAGAUUGGCUGAUGGAACAGUAA